UCGCAAGUCAAUUACAACAAUAUUCUAGUAAACAGUUGGUGCUAAUUAUGAAUAUGAGCGUCAGUGCGUCGCGAGGUCUUGUGGUAACCAGUAGGAUUCGUCGUACAAGAUGCGUUUGUUUAUAUUCGCGCUCCUCACGGUAUGCGCACACGCAACGCCGCAGUACGUGAAGACUGCGGGCGUCAAGGGAGGCUACAACCGCGGAUACGGCUACCAGGGCGGGGAAAGCCAUGUUAGUAACUCAAGCUCGCAACACGGCGGCUACGGUGGAUACUCUGGACCGAGGGUCAACCCAGCGAUCAACUUUGAAGUAGGAGUCUGCUAUAUAGAAGUUCCGACUGCUUCUCUUGUCCGGGACCCUAGCCAUGUACCAGCCGGUAACGGAUCACGGCCAGACCUCAGCCGCAUCAGGUCUUGCUGCAGAGGCUACACAAGAAGCGUUUACAACUUCCUCAUUUGCGAACCAGUGUGUUCCCAACCUUGCGUCAAUGGGUUAUGUGUGGCUCCGGAAACCUGCACCUGUUACCCCGACCACGUGAAGAACUUAGAAGGAGAGUGCGUUGCCACUUGCCCCAUCGGAUGCCAAAACGGAAGGUGCUCAGGGGGAGAGUGCAUCUGUAACCCUGGGUAUAAACUGGAUUCGGAGAGCAAGUACUGCAUCCCCGUCUGUCGAGAUGAUUGCGGCAGAAAUUAUGGUGGUAAAUGUGUAGCUCCAAAUCGAUGUGAAUGCAAGGCGGGAUACACGACCAGUCCCGACGGCUCCUGUAAGCCUGACUGCGGGCGGUGCCACAACGGCGAGUGCGUCGGCCCCAGCGAGUGCCGCUGCUUGCCUGGCUACGCAAAAAACCAGACUUCAGAUUGCGAACCACAAUGCACUAAUACCUGCAGGCCACCAAGCCGUUGCGUCGCCCCCAACGUGUGCUCCGAAUCUGUAACUACAACAACUACUGGUCCCUACUAUCAACCAAUCCCUAACACUAAUGUACUCGUAAGGCCAUCUCUGCCAACUAGUGACUCCCAGUACAAACCUAACUACCCUGAUAGUCACCAGCCCAACCCUCCUAGCAAUCAACAGCCUAAUUAUCCGGGCAAUCACCAACCUGGCCAUCCGGGUCAACAUGAACCCUAUCCAGGAAGUCAGCAACCUGGCUACCCCGGUAGUCAACGACCAGGCUACCCUGAUAAUCAACAACCAGGCUACCCUAAUAAUCAACAACCCGGCCAUGCUGGUAGUCAACGCCCUGGCUAUCCCGAUGGUCAGCAAUCCGGCUACCCCGGUAGUCAACAACCAGGAUAUCCCGAACAGCAGUCAAUCUAUCCUGGUGGCCAACAACCCCUUUAUCCUGGACAGCAAACUAUUUAUCCCGGAAGCCAGCCUGGCUCUCCUGGAUACCAACAGCCCAACGGCUCUCACAGUCCUGGACAGCAACAGCAUACUUACCCUGGCAGUAACUUGCCGGGCUUAUCCGGAUAUCAGCAGCCUAAUGGUCAACAACCUGCCUACCCUAAUGGCCAAUAUUAUCCUGGUAGUCAUCACCCUGACCAUCAACGACCCAACUCUCCUAGUCAUUACAACUCUAGUCAGUCCCCAACAGACAGGGAACCUUAUUAUCCGAAUAGUCAAUACUACCCCGGUAGUCAGCACCCUGACCCGCUUCGCCCCAACUACCCUGGCCACCAGAAUCAGCCGACAAACGACAGAGAACCUUACUAUCCCAACAGUCAAUAUUACCCUGGUCAAAGUAAUUCAUACAACCAAGGUUCAUAUCCAUAUCCCUCACAAUACCCCUCGGAAUCGCAACACCGCUACCCGGACAGUCAUUCCGCUGUUGGUGACGUGCCGUGCUCCCAACCCUGCGUCAAUGGAACCUGUGUUGGAAGAGAUCGGUGCGCUUGCAACACAGGGUAUUUGCCCAUCGACUCGGAUACAUCUAGGUGUCAGCCCUAUUGCCCCAGCUGUUCGAACGGUACCUGCGUGUCUCCCUACGUCUGUGUGUGCGACGAAGGCUUUUACAAAGACUUCAGCGUGAAGGGUAGGACGAGAUGUAUUCCCCGCCGUGUUAGGAGAUCCGCUGAUGACACAUCUGCACCACUCAAUAUUGCUAAGCUAUUGACAUUUGAAAUACCUGACUAUGAAGAUUGAUAUUAUGAUUGAUCGAAUAAAUUAUAUUCAUACCUUCUUUUACAACUA